AUGUCCAGCGGCAAGGCUGUUGGGAAGCGCUCUGCUUCUGUGGCUCACCUGGCUCCUUGGCAGCCUGCCUGGCUGGAAGCGGAGCCGCGUUUCACCCACUUUCUGGAUCUGCAACGCCUGGAGCGCUCGCAGCGCACGGAGCGGCUGGACACACUGUUCGGCUUCGAGCGGCCCACGGAGCGUGGCGAGCGCACGGGCUGGCUCAUCCACAUGCACCCGGUGAUGGUGGUGAGGAACGGGCACCUCGGCACCACGCACCGUGCGCUGCAGCUCCUCGUCCUGCUUUACUUGGUCAGUGAGUCCCUGGCGAAGAUGGCACCACAGUUCCCCAUCCUUAUCAAGAGGAACACCCACUUCCCCUGCUUCGGCUUCUCCAAGGGCAACAUUCAAGCUGCUGAGAGCAGUUACUUGAAAAGCUGCACCUUCAACACCACCUCUGCCCUUUGCUGCCCCAUUUUCAUGGAGCAGGCGGGAGAGAACUUAAGGGAGCUGGCAGAGAAGGGUGGGGUGGUCAUCAACUGGAACUGUAACCUGGGCCUGCCUGAAACUGACUGCAACCCCCACUACUCCUUCCACCGCCCCGAUCCCAAGUCCACUGUCCCAGGCAGUGGUAAUUGCAGUCCUGCAUCCUCCUCCUGCCCUCCCUGGUCCUGCUGUGGCUGGUCCCCAUCACUGGGCCCUUCUACCUGUCUCCCCAGGAGGUCUGCGAAGUAUUACAAAUGGAACGGGACCCACACACAAGUGUUGAUCAAGGCCUGUGGGAUCCAUAUUGAUGUCAUCGUGCAGGGCCAGGCAGGGAAGUUUAGCCUGAUCCCCACUGUCAUCAACCUGGCCGUGGCUCUGACCUCGCUGGGAAUGGGCUCCUUCCUCUGGGACUGGAUCCUGCUGAGCUGCAUGAACAAGGACCAGGUGUACAGCAGCAGGAAAUUUGAGCAGGCACCACCCUAGAUCCUGGCCCUGGAGGUUUGGUCCUCUGGGACAGAGCAGUGGCCACGCUGCCAGCAAGGCAGGGCAGGGUGCCUGGGCACGGCUGCAGGGUGGGCAGCAGCAUGUGGCUGGGGCUGCCAGGGCAUCUG